CUGUCCUAAUCAACUUCUAUUAAGCUUUAUUUUUGAGCGGGAGUACUCUGAAAUGAUGAGUUCCUUUCCCUAGUCAUUCUGAUCUGUUCAAAUUCUGAUUUGUGACAAUUUUGCUGGACUUUUCAUCAAUCAGUUGCUGCCUUUUGCUUGCAAUUUAGUCGACGGCUUUGUAUUAUUAUUUCCUGUAUCAUUCUCUUUCUUUGCAAAUUUCUUGGUUAUAUACCAGCAUUUUGAUACCCUUUCAGCACAUCAGCACGCUACAUAGUGCGCAAAGACAUCAAGUCCAUUUGGCCUGUGUCAUAACGUUUUAACUUCUCAACUUUCCUGCUCUUCCCCUCUGUUCCUUGUUCGCCCUACAAACAUGAACGUUUCUAUAGCGGUACCAAAAAAUCUUGUCAAGGAGAUCAAGGAUUUGUUAAAGCAGCACGGUCAAUUAGACCGCCGGCGGAAAAUUCAAGAAUGGGAUGGAAAAGGGCGUGUGUUCUCCCUUGAUGGGAGAAAGAUGAUGCAGGACCAGGAUACAUCUACGAGCAGCUCAGGGAAUGAUAGCACACCGCGACUCAUCAUUCCAACGACCAUCAUAAUGCCGUUGCCAGAGAUUGAUACGGAAAGCCAAAUUCAGGCUCAGUCUUGUCCCAGAGAUCCCAAGAACACCAAUCCUGAUGCGCAGACUUUUAUUGGGGAAUAUCUUCAAAACCAUCUGUUUACUGCACCUGGGCCGCUCGCCGCACUCUCAUCACAGUCUGCCCGAGCAUCAAUAUACGUUCUUCUCUCCCUUUCCGAAUCAGGCACACCAUGCUCUUCCGCUGCAGCCGCCUCAUCCCAAUCUUCGUCGACAAAUAUCCUCAUCGCUAUCGUCGAGUCAUGGCUACAACAGCUGCCCAAAGCUCUUCUCAAUUCGAUCAAUGUAACACUCGAGCAGCUACGGCCAGGAAUCCCCAAAACAUAUACGAUUUAUCACCCCAUGUUACUUCUUCCGGCGCACGCAUUUCGGGGUGAAGCCUGGGAAAAACUGUUGCGGGCAUUGACCAGCGCAGACAUUGAAUCGAGGAUCUCUAAGACUGAUGAUGACUCUCCCAUCGAGAGCAAAAACGCGCCUAAAGAAAACACAAAUCUAUUGCAUGCUCUCUACCAUGACAUCGCUACCGCAUUGGGCGUCACACAUAUUGCUACCAACGGGGCGAUUCCGCUUCUUAGCAACCAGGACAACACGGUGGCCGCUAAAACAUCUCAUCACACGCAUUCAUUACCUGCAAAGAGAUGCACAAGCGAUCAAUCAUUUAGAUCAUCCCAUGAGGAUCAAUCGGCGCCACGAGAGAGGGACAAUGAACACUACUACCACGCUCCAGACUCAGGCACAAAUAUUCUCCGCAGUCCGACCGCUUUGCAGCCUUUAUAUGGAGAUUUCGGCCCGGUCAUUCCAACGCCUUCAGCAGCAGAAAAAGAGUCUCCAGGAAACCACAACCGCAUCACGCGCGCUGAAUUGGAUACUGCCUUUUGGGUAUCGACGCGCCAACACGGCAUCUACCAGACUUGGGCACCGCGAUAUACCAUGUUUUCGCGGGGCAAUAUUCGCGAAAAGGCGCGGCUGAGAAGCGUGCUCGCGGAGUUGGAAAGGGGAGUCACAAUUAGUGUUGCAGAGCGAGGAUUAUGUGCUGUCUCCGUCACAUCUCAUAAUGCAAGUAUUCCUGAUAAUUCAAUAUCAAGAAUCACGAUACCCUCAAUCCCACCAUCCUCCUGCACAGCAGUUGAUCUCUACGCUGGAAUUGGAUACUUUACAUUCUCAUACGCUGCGGCCGGCGUGAGUAAAGUCCUCUGCUGGGAAUUAAACCCUUGGAGCGUAGAAGGCUUAAAGCGCGGCAGUAAGGAGAAUGGGUGGAAUGCGGAGGUGUUUGAUCCGAACUACUCCAACAUCAACGAUGACGAUGCUGCCGAAAAGGCUUUUACGUCGUCAUUGUCGCCAACGGAACUCUCGAACAAGAUCGCGCAGUCUAGGAUAUCCGUGUUCCGCGAAGAUAACGCCCUUGCUGGACCUAAGAUUGACACUUUCAAGCGGAACCUUCGUGCUGCUCAUAGCAGCAAUAGUACCAGCGCCACAUCUACAGAUAAGCCGGGUUCAAGUCAUCACACACAACAUAUUGAUCGCCUCCCGCCAAUUCGACAUGUUAAUCUCGGCCUCCUCCCUUCGUCACGAGAUAGUUGGGAGACUGCCGUGCGGAUAUUAGAUCUUGAUUCUCAGGGUUCUGACUGUCUGUCAUUCAACGCUGCCUCUCCAAAUGAUGACGAACAUGGUGUCAGGGUAGAAUAUGAAACUCUAGCUGACUGUGCAACUGAUAAAUGCUCUGACGAAAGAAUCACCAAGAGAGGAUACACUCAAGGACUAGGCGGGUUCCUUCACGUUCACGAAAAUAUCGCCACACAUGAUAUUGCUCGUAUCACGGACGAAAUCGUUCGCGAAAUCGGCCGUAUCGUCGCGACUGUUGACGCCGAAGAAGCUGGGGCUGCUCCUAGACCUGACGCGCAGCCUCAAGCUGGGCCUGCGCCACUGGAAUUGGGGGCUGUCGGCGGCACGAACACGAGGGAGAGAGCCAUAGUAUGCACGCACGUUGAGCGCGUCAAGACGUAUGCGCCUGGUGUCAUGCAUUGCGUUUUGGAUGUGUAUAUUUCUCCGCUUCUUAGGUAG